AUGUCUCACGCCAUCUCUGAUAUGCCAUUGAGCUAUCCUCACCUGGUGUUUAGGGAAAUCGUGGAUGCCGCGGCCAACGACUCUCCCAGUGUUGGCCUUCCCUUUGCUGCGUUGGUUACGUUGUUGCUGCAUCGUCUCGGCGUUCCUCUUUCUGACUUUGUCACUGUUUCUGACAACUGUGUUCAUCCCUCCAUUGAUGAGGUGUUGGUUACGGUGGGAAUUCCUCCCAUCGUUGAUUUAUCAUUAGGGGGAGAAAAUGAUCAUGGUCAUGGGGCCACGGACGCAACUAUUAGAGAAAGAGGCGAAGAGGCCAAAGACGAGGUGUCCGCGGAUUGUGGUGCAUCUGCUUCAGCUUCUGUCCGUCCCUUCAAGCUCAAGCGACAAGCUAAAGGGCCUCGCCCUUCGAGUUCUCAAGCGUCUCAAUAA